AUGGCGGCGCCAGCCCCAAGAAAUCACAGCUUCGCAGCUGAGCCUGCGGCACCGCGCCAGUUCAAGAAGCAUCGGGUACUGCCUCGGCCGGUCAUCGAUCAGGCGCACGACGGCUCCAGGCGCAAGGCGCAAAGCUCCCAUCUAACUAGCGGGACCCUGGCGCCCAGAAGUUCGACGCCUCACCCGAUGUCAAGCUCAACGCCUCGCCCGAAUAUGAGCUCCCAACCCUUGAAGCACCAGCUCAGAAGAAUAGGCACCGGGCCCGAUCUACCUCCAACGCCACCCGCGCAGUCAAACGCAUCCUCCAGCAGCCAGUCCGCCACGCCAUCGAGCCCGACGAGCACAGAAAGUAGCGUUGGGCUGCCGAAUGUCGUCGCGAACCGACCGCCGGCCACGCCCCCCGACCAGCGCGGCCCCCCGACGCCAGAAGUCACCCCACCGCAUCCCGCAAGCGUCGCCAAGGUGCAGCGUCCAAGCAUCAAGGACCGUAUGGCUUCGGAAAGCACUAAUGGGCCGUCGUCGAGGGCCGAGUCCUUCAUCACCGCUCGGGAGGAAGUGACCUCUUCAGAAGAUGAGGCUGGGAGAUCAGCUGGCUGGCCUCACAGAGUUUCUGCGACUUCACAAAUCACCAUCACUCCUUCUGCCAAGACUGAAGUUGCCGAUGCGGCACGACCAACCACUCCUUUAGACAAGACGACAACCAAGGACAUGGCGCCAGAAGGAGAGGAUCAGACACCAAAAGCGAAAGGCAAAAGCACUGAGCCAGCUGGCAAACAGAACCCUACUGUUAAAGCUGGGCAAUCUCAGGAUGUCUGCUUGUCUAGUGUGAUAAUAGCACAGAAACAGCAGCAUCAACGCCGAUCGCCAGGAGUGUCACGCCCAAUCCUACAUCAUGAUCUUGAUCCUGUUGUCAAGGAUAAAGUGUCCGUUGCUCCUACAGACGCGACAAAAGCUGUGCGCAAAAUGCAACUUCAAGAAGCCGCAUCUGUAACCUCAUCUUCGAAGAGGCAAGAUGAUCAAACGCCCGUCCAGCUGGUUCACCCGCAGGUGGAGGCUACAGCAAAGCGAAAUGCACGGCCACUAAGCACGUCUAGCCAAUCGACGGUGGUCGAAGUGCUUCUAGUGGAUGGACCUCCGAAGAGAGAGAGAACUUUGCGUCAUAUGCGAAAGCAAAGUACUCUGAGAGAUGCUAUUGAUAACAGGGAAGAUGCUGGCUUGGCUGCCAAGAGCGCAGACUUAAAUGAGACUCAAAAAGCCUCGGAAGCCACACAGAGUUCGAAACCAGAAACCUAUGAUCGUGAGAGCCAUCUCUCCACUGUGACAUACUCCACAAACAGAUCUAUAUCUAGCAGAAGUGCGAGACAGGAGAUUUGGCGAAGCGGCGCAAUACCUGUAGUCAUAGUGCCUAGUCGACGAUCUUCCCGAGGUCCUAGGAGCAAGGAGCCUUCUCUUCGAUCGACGUCUAGUAGGCAUUCGGACAAGGCAAAAAGUACUCACUCUGCCCCUGCUCCAGAUCUCGCGCCCUCUAAGAACUCUGGCCCUGUCUUUGAGCGACCUGCUCGCCGGAGUAGAGCAUUCUCCGAAUCUGACGGCUCUGUCAGGACAAUUGACUUUCCCCCCAUGAUUCCGCAGCGAUCCUCGUCGCUCUCUGCUCCUACCAGUCGAAACAUUUCCAGAGCUGGAUCAAUCAAUACUAGCAGUGUCAAAGUUCACAGCGCAGCGAUCGAACAGCAAUCCGAUCGUCAUCUGAGCCAGGAAGUGCACAUCAUCUGCCCUAGCACGCCUUCGUUAGAACCGUUAACCCCUAUAUCUCCGGAAAUGAAAGAUUUAGGAAAGGAAGAACCCUUUGACGGCCUUGGUCUUAGCCAACAUGACGACGUGUUAUCCGUAAAGAAGAUCCCGCUGCGAAACACUCCGUUCUCGGUUGCGUCCAUGGAGACGUGUGCAACAGCUCCAGAGCUGUCAGAAGCUCUUGCUGUUCACAUGUUUCCCCAUCAAAAUUCGUCUGUCCUCAUGGUUGAUCAUUCAAAUCGGCCAUCAGAGGUUCUAGCGGCGAAGCGGAUGUCCAGUCCGCCUAUAUUGAUGGCGAAUUCUGAAGAAGAGAUACUAAUACCCGUCACUCCUCCCCAGAAAAGAUUUUCCUCACUCGAGGUGGACUCUCCUCUGCGCAACCCGCGAGCUCCGCCCCAGCCGCCAAAACAGGCACCUGAACACCCGCCUGCGAUCAAUUUUAUUCCCGCUACGCCAUCGGGAAUGACACCUGCGGCUGAGCGACUCAUCCUUCAAGGGAAUUAUUUCGAAUCGCUGAAAGAGAAGCCUCCCCGGCGGCCCUCUAUCGUCAGGAGAGCGUUCAGCCGACGUCGUCACUCGAUAGCGUAUGUGCCAAGCUCAAGAGGAGGAUUUCUUGCCAGGACAUUUUCCAUGUCGCGCAGAAACCGUGACGACAGCGAUAUUUCUCUUUAUAGAGAUAACGAUAAGCCCAGCGAGGAAGACAAGCUCCAUCCAUUUUGGCGCCCGCAGUGGAUUAGUGACACAGACUCCGAACCUAUGGAUGAUGACGACUACGAAAAUGACGAUUACGAUGACCGCUAUGAGCGUGAUGAUGAAGUCUAUCGAUACCCUCCGGUGGACAAUCGUCCGCGUAGGCCGACAAGGAGCUUCAGCCAAAAGGUGAAGCAGACGUUUACAAUUCUGCCAUCACGAGAGUAUCACGUUGACGACGUGCAUGGACCCCAGCGUCGGACAAUUCGACGAACCUCUAGCGGGAAUCUGAGAAUCGUGCGCCGCGUCAGUAUUGGAUCAUUGAGGCGUCAAGGCCGAAGUGGAAAUGAGAGAUAUACUGUGAACGGGGAGCCUCGUACACGCUUCUGGCGAAACCGUAGCGCUGGCCGAGGCAGUGCACGACGAUUUUCCAUUGGUAGCAAGCUGGAAGAUAUUCAGAAUAUUCCCCAAAGGAUAAGCGAGAGAAGACGCGAGAAACGAUCACAGAGACUCCGACAGAUGAUAAGCGGACCGAAAGUAGUCCGAGACGGUGUUGGCGAAGUCAUCAGACGCUAA